CUCUCUCUUCGCUUCCGGCUCCUCGCCUCGAUCCCCAACCCAAGCAUCUUCCCGCACCAGCCAUCCUCCCCUGCCCCGCCCUGCCACGCUAAUAGUUGGCGCGCGAACCCGUCUCCAUGCGCUCGCGGCUCUGAUCCCGGCCGUCCCCAUGCAGAACCGCUCGCCGGCGGCCGCAUCGGCCUCCGCCUCACCGACGGCGGCGGCGGCUGUCAUGGUGCCCAGCGUCGGCGGGGUGGAGCCGGCCGUGACGCUCGACCAGGUCCCGCGCUGGAGCGAUCCCGACCAGCGCCUCUACUCCUCUUCCCCCACCGCAGCCGGAUCCGAGACCGCCGCCUCGCCCUUCCUCUCGUUCGCCGACCCCCUCACGGGCGACGACGCGGCCUCCGGAGCUGGGGGGCGCGGCGCGGCUCGCUUCCCCGUCGACCACGAGGUCAACUCGAAGCUCUACCUCUGGCGGGGCCACCCGUGGAACCUCGAGGUCGACGCCGUUGUCAACUCCACCAACGAGAGCUUAGACGAGGCACACAGUAGCCCGGGAUUGCAUGCAUCGGCGGGGCCAGGGCUCGCCGAGGAGUGUGCCACCUUGGGUGGGUGCCGGACUGGGAUGGCGAAGAUGACCAAUGCAUAUGAUCUGCCUGCAAGGAAAGUCAUCCAUACAGUGGGCCCUAAAUAUGCUGUCAAGUAUCACACAGCUGCAGAGAGUGCACUUAGCCACUGCUAUAGGUCUUGUUUGGAACUACUCGUCGAGAAUGGUCUUGAAAGCAUUGCAAUGGGUUGCAUCUACACAGAAGCCAAAAAUUAUCCUCGUGAACCAGCUGCUCAUGUCGCAAUAAGAACUGUGAGACGUUUUCUGGAGAAGCAAAAAGAUAAAAUAAGUGCUCUUGUCUUCUGUACCACAUCAUCAUCUGAUACAGAGAUAUAUAAGAGAUUACUUCCUCUAUAUUUUCCUCGGGACAAACAGGAGGAAGUGAUAGCUUCAGUAAAACUUCCAGCUGAUGUUGGGGAUGAGAAUGGUGAGCCAAUAAUCGAUGAAAGGAAAAUAAGAAUAAAAACCUUGCCUGCAGAAGCAACAAAUAGCAAAUAUGCAGUUUCUCCGCCUGCAGAUAUUCCUCUUGCUGGUUCUGGAUUGACACGUAGAAGAAAUUCUAAGUUGGAUUCAUAUUUGGAUCCUGCCUUUAUGUCCAUAAUUAAAGAUCCAGAUCUCCGUCGCAAAGAGCAAUGGGAAAAGUCUGCUCAGGCAAGCAAGGGAUUUAAUUGUGCUAAGUUGCUUGGAUUUGGUGAUCUUGCUGGUCCUCCAUUAUCGGCUGCUGAAGAAUAUUCACUUCAUUCACGAUACCUUGCUAAAGCAAAUUCACUUAAUCUUUCAGAAAUUGCUGAAAUGAAAAUAAUUUACCGUGGUGGAGUUGAUAGUGAAGGGCGCCCAAUUAUGGUUGUUGUUGGUGCUCACUUUCUCCUUCGUUGUCUGGAUCUUGAACGAUUUGUUCUGUAUGUAGUAAAGGAGUUUGAACCCUUGAUUCAAAAACCUUACUCAAUUGUCUAUUUCCACUCAGCAGCAUCCUUACAAGUACAACCAGACUUGGGAUUCAUGAAGCGGUUACAACAAAUGCUAGGUCGGAAGCAUCAGCGAAAUCUUCAUGCUAUAUAUGUACUCCACCCAACAUUGGGAUUAAGAACGGCUAUUUUGGCGUUGCAGCUUUUUGUUGAUGGAGAUGUCUGGAAGAAAGUUGUUUAUGUCGACAGACUUAUGCAGCUGUUCAGAUACGUACCACGGGAACAACUUACCAUUCCAGAUUUUGUCUUUCAGCAUGAUCUCGAAGUGAAUGGUGGGAGGGGCAUAAUUGUUGAUCCUAGAACAAAGCAUGUCUACCAAAGACCAUCAGGUUGAUAUAUAUUUAGUAGCUUGUUACUCCAAGUUCCUUGGUUACCGCUCUGUAAAAUCUCUUUUGUCCGCUGUAGAAAAGUUCACAUGUAGAUCCGUGCAUUAUGUAUCUAGUUGAGUCGGCAUUAUGUUCUGUUAUAUUUUUUCUUCUCUUAGCGGAGGUAAUUAUGUAUAUGUAUCUUGUUCUGUAUAACCAAAUAAUGUUUCAAGUUCUGCCCCGUGACUUAGUCACCUACUCCUUGACUCCUUUUUUUUAAGCUGUACUCCCUAACUUCUUGUGUACUGCCAAACUUUGACUGGUCCUUGGAAUAAAAGUAGCAUAACGUUCCAGGUA